AUGAAUUGUUGGAGAGACUUGUACAUCAAUGAAAUACAAGGUGAAUUGGAAUUCAAGAUAACAAAUCUCCAACAAGACAAUGACUAUUUAACUCUAGGUCAAAAAGUAAUGGAAAUGGAACCAGAUGUUGGAGAAUUAUAUGAAAAUUUUGAAUUAUCAAAAGAAUGGUCGAGAAUUUGUAGUAUGUCAUUUUCAAAAGGACAAUUUGUAAAUUGGUUUUGGGCAGUUAGAAAACAGUGGAAAUAUGUACACCAAGAAUUACUUUUAGAUUGGAACCAAGAAAGCAAGUCACAAUCUCAACCAGAAGAAUUUAAUAGUAUUAGUACUCUUUUUAACAGUCAUAAAACUUGA